AACUCCAAGUAGGUAUUUUUCUGCCAGUUUCAGUUUAUUGGCCUUUCUUGGAUUCUUGGGUCAGAUAGUUUCUGUAAAUUAUUUCUUAUAAGAAACUAAUUGAAUGAAACUAUUUGUCGUAUUCAUAUCGAUUUCGGUCUUUAAGUAUUUUAAGUGUUCAUUUUAGUUAAAUGUAUAAAAUAUGUUCGAGUAAAAUAUAAACUUUGAGAAUGGAACAGGAUAUUGUUGAUGUUCCUUUGAGCUCUCCAAUUCUGAACAGUGUGGAAACUAAGGACUACGCAUUGAGUCUGUCAUGGGGAAUAGAAAGCCUACGGUAUUCAGCCAUGCAGUUAAAUUUACCUCGUCCACGCAGCCUCGCCUGGGCAAUUCUCUUGCAAGUUAUACCACCUCCUAGUGAUGAUAUUAUAAAAUGUCUCAAAACACAUAGGAAUUUCUACAAUGAUUUAAAAUCAAAGUUGUCAAUGGAUCCACGUGCUGUAGUCGGCGACGACCCUCUGUCACAAAAUGAUGAGAGCGCAUGGAAGCAGCAUUUUUGUGACAACGAACUCCAAGCGCUAAUUCUGCAAGAUGUGGUGCGGACAUUCCCUGAUGAACCUUAUUUCCGAGACUCUAAAGUGCAGAAUCUUAUGGUAUCGGUUCUGUUCUUUUGGGCACGCUCGCACACCGUCGGCUACCGGCAAGGCAUGCAUGAGGUCCUGGCGCCGCUACUGUUAGAACUUUAUAUAGAUAGGAAACACGCCCCAACUGCACUCUGCAAUACAUUGAAAUGCUUUUUGGAUGAAGCAUAUUUAGAACACGACAGUUAUAUGUUGUUCAGUGCUGUGAUGAAAGGAUUAGAGAAGUUCUACACGACGGGAGACGCGGUGCCCAGCCCGAGCGGGAGGUUGCCGCCGUCUAGGCAUAUACAUAGUCCAAACGAAGUAGUGCGGUACCUAGAGCGCAUACGGGAAGAACAUUUAGUAUCAUUGGACUUGGAAUUGGCGACACAUCUCGAUAGGUGUAAUAUUACCAUGGAGCUUUUUGGAAUACGAUGGGUUCGGCUAUUAUUCGGCCGUGAGUUCAUCCGCAGUGACUUGCCGCAGCUGUGGAGCUUCAUAUUCGCAGACGGGCCUCUACUGCCACAUUUACAUUACAUGGUGCUUGCUUUACUACUCGCGCUAAGAACUUUAUUAUUAGACCCGGACCCAGGCUGCGUGCUCUCAGCGCUGAUGCGGCCAAGUGCGGUGCCUGUGACGCAUGUGUGCGCGCUGGCCUUGCACCUGCGCGACCCGCUACUACACCCGCGACCCUCGCCCUAUCACUUCCAUGACACGACCAAUCACAAUAGCAGCGGCGAUUCGCCGGCGGGUCGCAGCGCGGAGCGGGCGGGCUGGGAGGUGAGCGGCGCGCUGUCGGGGUCGUCGGGCUCGGAGGGCGUGGAGGGGCUGGCGGAGGGCGUGGCGGAGGGCGCGGACGUGGCGCGCGAGCUGGCGGCGCUGGCGCUGCUGCGCGCGCAGCUGCCCGGCGCCGCCGCCGCGCUGGCCGCCGCGCUGCCGCGCCCGCCGCCGCACGUGGCCGCGCCGCUGCGGCACGUGCUGCAGUUGGCUGCUCUCCUGCAAUGCAGAAACCACGCGCUAAUCGACGUGGAAACCGCGUUGGAGGCGGCAGAGGGACAAGACACGGACAAAGUGGGAAAACGACAGUUAGUCCCGGUCUCCAUGAUAGGGGGGAGGCGUGUCGCUUCAAGGCAACCCCCUCCUAAACCAGUGAAAUUGAAAGAAGUGCAACUGAAAGUGUUUCAUCAAACCGAGUGUAACGCUAGUACAAGCGACCUGCCCUGUUUGGACCCUCUCAAACUAAGAACAGAGUGAUUAAGACGGAAAAUUAUGUUGUACAGCUAUUACCAUUAAUUACUCAAUUAAGAUACAGACUUUCUUUUGAAACUGGUUAAUACAUAAUCGGUAUUGUGAAGUAAAAAAUAAUGUACAAAGACAUUAGUGCCGAUUCCUGUAGACUCCAAAAGAGAAAGGGACGGAUAAUUGACAGGCAUUUAAUUUAUAGAAAUUCUUAACAAGCCUUUGAAAAUUUUCUAUUAGCCAAUUAUCUGACAGAAUUUAGUUGACAGCACACGUCAAACUGUCAAACAGGUUGAAUACUUGGAGGAAGAAUGAGAUAGGUAUCCUAUAUCCUUUCUCUAAGAGACCAGAGAGAACAGAUCCCUAUUUGAUUCGCCCGGGUGAACGAAUACAUUCAUUUACUCAUUCAUUUAAAAUUAAUAGUCAAUCAUCAGUCCCUUUCCUUUUCGGCGGAUAAAAAGUGAAAAGUAUAACUUACAAUUUGGACAGAAGGCAAGAGGGAAACCACUGCUCUAUUUUUCGGAGGAUGCUACACCGACAAGAGCGUGGCUUUUAAAUUAAAUUUAGGAGGUGUAGCAGGAAUUAGGACCAUUGAAUGUAGAUAGUGUUAGUGAGAGAAGGCUUCCAAUCGUUGCUGCUUUACGAAUGGUUUGGUUGUUGGUAUGUGAAAUUAAGAAUUUAUCAAAGAUGCAAUUAUUAUUAGGUAAUAAAAUUAACACUGGAGCAACGUGAUGAAGUAUGCUCUAUAUUAACUUCGUUUUCGAGGGAAGGCCUGUGCCCAGCAGUGGGAUUUAUAGGCUAUUUAUGUAAUAAAAUAUACAAAACUCGCUUUUCUAAAAGUGAAAAAAAUAAAAUGGUUAUCGCGUUUUGUACUAUCUCGUAGUAUCCUAUUCAUAGUUAUUGUAUGAUCUCGUAUUUCUUACUCAGAAGUAUGGUGCAAUAUUCAUCUAUGUCUGCCCCACUCUAUUGCAUUUUACCAUAUAUUCCGUAGGAUGAUUAGAAUGACAAUUGACAACAGGGCAGGCAUAUACGUAGUACAUCGCUUAGCGCGAAACAGACGAGAGAUGUCUCUUCUCGAUUUUGGUGCAAAUAAUCUUAAUUUUUUGUAUAUUUUUGAGAUUGUAUUAGUUUACGUAAAAACAUAGUGGUGCUUGUUCGGGCGGGCAUAAACUUAACCUAAUUUUAAUUUGACAGCUCCUAAAUUGUUGUCGUCCUUCACUUACAAUACGUGCCAGAAUGAGAUGCAGCUAGUUUUAGUCCUGUCAUAUUAAGUUUGUGGUUGCUUAAAUCGACACUAUUAUAGACCUUAUCCCAUUUCUUUUAAUUUCAUAGUCAAUAAAUAGAUAGAAGGAACACAAGAAAAUAAGUAAAAGACUAUUUUUGUCUGGAUUUUAGAAACGUUCUUGAAGGGAUUUUUGUAUCCUAUGUUUUUCUAAAGUUUAAGUUAUAAUACUGCCUGGAAUAUGUUGAUUAUUUUGCUCAGUUGUUUUGUAACAUUGUGAAUUUGUGAUAAAUAUUUGUAUUAUCCAUUAGGUUGAAAGUUCACAAAUUAAAUAUUAUAUCGUUAGUUAUUUAUUACACUGUGCUACAUCAACAUAAAGAUUUUAUUUGCAUUAUUAGAAUAAGUGUUAUGUAAAAUAUAAAAAAGCAUUUCUAAAUGUAAGUCUUGUAUUUCGAAUAAGAAUUUAUUUUUGUGUUGCCAAUUUACUUAUGUAUGUUAAGUUAUGCCUUCCACAGCCUUCCAUUGAACAAAUCAUGUGAAAUGAAACAUAUUUAGGUAAAGAUAGCUUAUAUUCUUGGAUAUUAAAAAAAAACCAUACCAUUUUUGCACGUUAUCAGACGUUACGUUUACGAUGGCACGAUAACUAUCAUUCAUUGGACACUAUGCUGUUUUAUCAGAGCAUUUUUUUUUUACUUUAAUAUACUUAAUUCAUUAAAUUCUGCAUUCUACAAUUCCGUUAGAACUAUUGCACUGUCACAAACUAAGAAAAUUUUGCGACUAUUUUUUAGUUGCAUUUUGUAAUGGGGUACAAUCAAAAUAAUAUAGCAAAUAUAGAACGUCCAUGUGUGUAAAGUCUAUCUUGUUAAUGACAAUAAAAAACAAUGCAUCAA